AUGAUGCCUGUAAAACGGGUCGCCGUCAUCGGCGCCGGGCCGGCGGGAGCCAUUGCGAUAGAUGCUCUGGCACAAGAAAAGACGUUUGACAUUAUCCGUGUAUUUGAGCGUCGCGAGGGCCCUGGAGGCUGCUGGAUUGGCGACUCAUCCCAACCUCCAACGCUCCGCGACUUUGCAUCUCUGGCGACAAGAACAGCCGAUCCCCCAGUCCCUAUACCCGAAAGUUUACCUGCGCAGACUCCAAAGUCAGACCAGCCUCGGUUCACGGAGUCAUCCGUUUACCCUUAUCUGGAAACCAAUAUCGACUUUCUGCCUAUGCAAUUCAAUCAGGAACCUUUCCCAGAAGAGCGCAGCGAGCUCUCCAUAUCUCACCAUGGACCUCAAACCCCAUUCCGAAAGUGGGAUGUGGUACGAAAAUACAUUAGGAGUUUGGUAGAGCGCCGGGGUUACGGGGACUGGGUUUCGUAUAACACAACAGUCGAGCGGGUCGAGAAGGUGGGGGCGGAAUGGAAAGUGACACUCCGAAAAGAUGGCGAAAAGAGUGAUUACUGGUGGGUGGAGUGGUUUGAUGCGGUCGUUGUGGCGAGUGGGCACUUCUGGGUCCCAUAUAUACCAGCAAUAGAAGGCCUGGAGGCGUUUGAGAAAACCAGACCGGGCAGCGUACUUCAUAGCAAACACUUCCGCGGGAGAGAGGCGUUUGCUGACAAGCGAGUGGUGGUUGUGGGCGCAUCUGUCUCAGCAGCCGACAUCGCAUUCGAUCUUGUGGAAACGGCAAAAGGACCAGUCCACGCAAUCACAAUCGGCCAUGCCGCUAACGGCUACUUUGGCGAUGAAGCAUUCAAUCACCCCAAGAUACAAAAGCAUCCAUCAAUAGAACGAGUCUCGAAUAGGACUGUCCACUUGACGAACGGAAAUUGCAUCACGGACGUCGACCACAUAAUCUUCGGCACAGGCUACAGCUGGACGUUGCCAUUCCUACCGUCAGUUCCAGUCCGGAAUAACCGUGUCCCCGACCUGUACCAGCAUGUUGUUUGGCAAAAAGACCCGACAUUAUUGUUCGUCGGCGCUAUCGCGGCUGGUUUGACGUUCAAGGUCUUCGAAUGGCAGUCGGUUUUAGCUGCACGGCUGCUGGCAGGUCGAGCCACUCUACCGUCUGUUGAGGUAAUGCAAAAGUGGGAAGCGGAUCGGAUCAAGGCUCGGGGUGAUGGCGUGAAGUUUACACUGCUCUUCCCGGACUUUGAAGACUACUUUGAGACGCUGAGACAAUUGGCCGGUGAGGGAGAGGAGGGCAAGGGACGCAAGCUGCCCAAGUUCCGUCGCGAGUGGGCGAGGGCAUUUUUUGAGGGACAUGAGCGUCGGAAGGCUAUGUGGAAGCGAUUGAACUUGAAAUCCCGGGCGGCUUUGAUGAAUACCGAGAAUACCCAAAAGGCAGUAGCUAAGCUGUGA